AUGAAUCAAGAUAGUUACCUUGAGCAACUCCCUGAUUCCAAUGAAGUUUCUAUAAUUUCAAUCUCCGAAGAUCAAGCAAAUCUUUUAGAUAAGCUUGUUAUUCCUAUAUGUUCUCUGUCGAUUUUCGCAAGUGGUUGCGCGGUUGCAACCUAUUGCUUAAUACGGUAUUAUUUUCCCGCAUUGGCUGAUCGCGUGUCGUUUCGGUUAAGUUUCGCUACGAGUAUUUCGGAUUUGGCGUAUUCAGUUUUUGCACUGUCGAAUUUAUUUGUCGACCAAGAGGGAUUUUCGUGCUCUUUUAUGGUUUGGGGAUAUGUAUUUGCUAAAGAAAAAUUAAUUGAGUCUCUUGAUUUAGAAUCUUCAAGCGCUGGAUUAAUAUCAAGCUUGCCAUUUGCUGAGCAAAUGUACGGAUACGAUGAACCGGAAACUUUAUGCUGGUAUAGAGGUUCAGGUCAUCGAUUUAAUAUUAUUUGGCAAUGGACAACACUUUUUGCAUGGUUAGAAUUAUCGGUGCUAUAUUGUACAGGGGUUGUGAUCGCAGUCUUAGUUAAACUACAGUCCGCGAAAAAUCAUGUGAAUAACACGAUCGCAUCACUUCCACUUUCUACUCCGUCAAGAUUAAACAUGAAAGAGUCAUUUAAAUCAACUAACGUGAUGACAAAAGUAGUUGGCAAAGUAAUGUGGUACCCAAUCGUCCCUUUGAUUACACAAACACCAAAUUUUUUAGCCGAGACUAUCACUUAUUUUACCGGAAGAGUGAUCUUCUCGCUAUUGUUGUUGACUUGUGUUUGUGCUGCACUGCAAGGAUUACUUAAUGCGUUGGUGUUUUCGCAAGAUGUGGCAGUCUCACGUGGAUUUUUAGCAUUACGAAUUCAUCUCUGGAGAAAAUAUGUCGAGCUGUAUGAAUUAAGAUAUCCACAUCGCUCAUGUGAAAAAUCGAUUCUUAAAAGCUUGAAGAAAACUGAAUCACAUUUUCAAUCUCGAAAUCGGCAAAGCGUGAUUUCUCAAUUAUCGAUGGAAAUGGAUAAGAUCAUUGAACUUGAAGGAGAGGCUGAUGACGACAACCUAUCAGAAAUAGAUUCGAAUGGCAAGAAUAAAGACCAAAAACAGAAACAGCCAAGAUUGACAGAAUUUUUGCUAUAUUACAUCAUCAUCAAAAUAUUAAAAGCGCCGACGGAAGCAGAAUUCACCAAUCAAAUUUUAUCAAUAAAGAACCGAAAAACAAGAGAUAAUAAAGGCCACCCCACAAUAAAAGACAGAGUGAAGAAAUCUUUACAGAGACCAAAAGACAGCAAAAAAACAAGAUCCAAAACAAGUAAACGCCCAAACACUCAAAGAACCAAAACCAAUAAUAAAAGCAUCAAUCAGAACAGCUACAACAAAAGCAACAGCACAUUAUCACCAACUCAAAAGCAAAAAAUGUUUAGCAAUUCGCAUCUUCAAAGACCACUACUAUCCCCUAGUUGUACCAAUAAUAUGACUAAUAAUAGUUCGACAACCACAUUUACUGAACAACCACAAUUCUACCAUCACCAAUUAGAUGAAACUUCAAGAUAUUCCCAAUCGUCGGAAGAAAAUCAGAUCCGAAUGAUAAGUUCAAAUUUAACGCCACCGAAAAAUGUAGUUCAAAGAUUAUCUGCAUCCUCAACUUCUUCAUCCGGUUCUGCUACUCUGAUCCCUCAACAACUCCUAUCAAUUAAUAGCGCAAAUACCUCCACUUCAAAUUUAUCUCCAAUAUACAAUACAAAAUUAAAUUCUAGCUCAAUUUCUAUUUCUAUUAUAGGGCCAAACCGACAAUAUCAAUGCUAUUAUUCAAAUAUAAUUGAAGAAAAUAUAUCAAGUGAUUUAGGGAAUAUCGUUAAAAAAUUGUAA